AUGAGCGCAAAUUCGGGGGAGGAUUCAACCACCAAGGGGGCUAACACGUCCGUUACUGAUACCCCUACCACUACACCAAGAGUAAGUUUACCUGUAAGGUGCUCCAAUCCCGACAAUCCAAAUUCCGAGCGUCAAAUACACGAACUUUCCGUCGACCAUUUACUAAUUAAGGAAGCGGAUUUGACUGUAGCCACAAAUAGUUUUUUAGCCGAAGUUAACGAAGAACUUAGGGAAAUCGACAAAAGUUUAAUUCACGUCGCCCUCGAAACCAUUUCAACAGAAAAUUCAGAAAAUUCCCAAAACACAAAAAUUCUACAGACCAAUCAAGAGAAACUUUUAGACUGGUCUUCUAACGACACAGUUGAAUCGACAAACCAAGGAAUUAAGCUUCUCGUAAAUCAAAAACCAUUGGAAAUAAUGGGAGAUAAAAAUCAACCAACAGGGAGUGGUGUACUAGGACCACAGUUGACCACAGACAUUUCAAAUAAUCCAGAUUUAAGCCAAUUAAUUGAUCUAAAGAUUCAGGAAAUCAUGAGGACAAGAGAUAGCGCCAGUUCGAGACAUGGAGAUUCGAUAUCUAAUAAUCAAAUCGGACUUCAGGAUGCGAUUAGGCUAUUACCAAAGUCAUUCGAUGGAAAAGACACCGAAAAUUUAGAGAUUUUCCUUGAAGAAUGCGAAUUUGUUGUGUCAUGUGUAGUGGAACCGGCAAUUCCACGACUGCUUCAGGCAAUCCAAACCAGGUUAACCGGGAAAGCGAGGCAGGUAACAAAGUUUAAAACAUUCGACACAUGGGAAGAAUUACGGGAAACACUUAAAACAAGUCUAGAACCCCAGCGAACCACACAUCUAUUUUUAGAAUUGUACGCCAUCAAACAAAAAAGAUGGUGA